AUGGCAUCUAGACAAGAUCAAUUAAAAAAUAUUAUCAAUCUUGUUAAAAUUGCCGAAUCAAAUGAUCAAGAUGCAAUGGAUAUUGAUGAAUUUGAUGAACAUUUAGCACUUUAUUAUAAAAUCUUAAAUUCGGAAAUUAGUUAUAAUAAAAUUCCUAAAUCUUACGAUUGGGUUCAAAAUUGUUUAUUCAAUUAUAAAAAUAAAGAGUUUAGAAAAACUUUAAGAAUGGAUAAAUCGACCUUUUGGAUGUUAGUUGAUAAAAUUAAAUUUCAUCCAGUUUUUUAUUCCAACUCUAAUAAUAAUCAAACAGAUAUUGCUAUACAACUUGCAGUUGUAUUAUAUAGGCUCGGAUCAAAUGCUUCUCUUUGGACUAUUGCAACUUUAUUUGGAAGAU